AUGAGUGAUUCUGCAGAUAAACCUAUUGACAAUGAUGCAGAAGGUGUCUGGAGCCCUGACAUUGAACAGAGCUUUCAGGAGGCUCUAGCUAUCUAUCCACCAUGUGGGAGGAGGAAAAUCAUCUUAUCAGAUGAAGGCAAAAUGUAUG